CUCAGGCGGCCCAAAGUAAAAGAGCGGUCCGCUCCUCGGCUCAGUUCGGACUGCGAACGAGAGUUCACAUAUAUUGACUAAGGCACAGGGGGAAGAAGAGAGAAACGAGUCGGGUGAUCGGACCUGGUUCGACUUACAUUUGCCGAUUUCAAUCCGAGAUAUCUCCGUCGACACACACUCUCCGCGCAGCGAUGAGCGGGCACGACUCCAAGUACUUCUCCACCACCAAGAAGGGAGAGAUCCCUGAACUCAAAGAAGAGCUCAAUUCUCAGUACAAGGAUAAAAGAAAAGAUGCUGUUAAGAAGGUGAUAGCAGCAAUGACGGUUGGAAAGGAUGUAUCAUCACUAUUCACAGAUGUUGUGAACUGCAUGCAGACAGAAAAUCUGGAGCUGAAAAAGUUGGUUUAUUUAUAUCUGAUAAACUAUGCAAAAAGUCAACCUGACCUUGCGAUUCUAGCCGUGAAUACAUUUGUGAAGGAUUCACAGGAUCCAAAUCCUUUAAUUCGUGCCUUGGCAGUACGGACAAUGGGAUGCAUUCGUGUUGAUAAAAUUACAGAGUAUCUAUGUGAUCCCCUUCAGAGAUGCCUCAAGGAUGAUGAUCCAUACGUUCGCAAGACAGCUGCCAUAUGUGUUGCAAAACUUUAUGAUAUAAAUGCUGAGCUGGUUGAGGACAGGGGUUUUCUGGAGUCUCUGAAGGAUUUGAUCUCUGACAACAAUCCAAUGGUUGUUGCAAAUGCUGUGGCAGCUCUUGCUGAGAUUCAAGAGAACAGCAGCAGAUCAAUAUUUGAGAUCACUAGCCACACAUUGUCAAAACUCCUUACUGCUCUAAAUGAAUGCACAGAAUGGGGCCAAGUUUUUAUAUUAGAUGCUCUUUCUAAGUAUAAGGCAGCCGAUGCUCGUGAAGCAGAAAAUAUAGUAGAGCGAGUUACUCCUCGACUACAACAUGCGAAUUGUGCGGUUGUACUUUCAGCUGUUAAGAUGAUCCUCCAACAAAUGGAGCUGAUCACCAGUACUGACGUGGUCCGAAAUCUUUGCAAGAAAAUGGCUCCUCCUCUUGUAACAUUGCUUUCUGCAGAACCUGAAAUACAAUAUGUCGCACUGCGAAACAUCAACCUUAUUGUACAAAGACGGCCCACAAUCCUUGCCCAUGAAAUCAAGGUGUUUUUCUGCAAGUAUAAUGAUCCAAUUUAUGUGAAGAUGGAAAAGUUGGAAAUCAUGAUUAAGCUUGCUUCAGACCGAAAUAUAGAUCAGGUUUUGUUGGAGUUCAAGGAGUAUGCCACAGAAGUAGAUGUUGAUUUUGUCCGGAAGGCUGUUCGUGCUAUUGGUCGCUGCGCCAUCAAGUUAGAGAGAGCAGCUGAGCGGUGUAUCAGUGUUUUGCUUGAGUUGAUCAAGAUUAAAGUAAAUUAUGUCGUUCAAGAGGCUAUUAUAGUCAUCAAAGAUAUUUUUAGGAGAUACCCUAACACCUAUGAGUCCAUUAUUGCAACACUCUGUGAGAGCUUAGACACUUUAGACGAGCCUGAAGCCAAGGCGUCAAUGAUCUGGAUAAUUGGUGAGUAUGCGGAAAGGAUUGACAAUGCUGAUGAGCUCCUUGAAAGUUUCUUGGAGAGUUUCCCUGAAGAACCUGCGCAAGUCCAGUUGCAAUUGUUGACUGCAACUGUCAAACUCUUCCUUAAGAAACCAACUGAAGGCCCACAGCAGAUGAUUCAGGUUGUCCUGAAUAAUGCCACUGUAGAGACAGAUAAUCCGGAUCUGCGUGAUCGUGCAUACAUAUAUUGGCGGCUUCUCUCAACUGACCCUGAGGCAGCCAAAGAUGUUGUGUUAGCUGAGAAGCCUGUGAUCAAUGAUGAUUCAAACCAACUUGAUUCAUCUCUUCUUGAUGAGCUUCUGGCCAAUAUUGCUACUUUGUCCUCGGUGUACCAUAAACCCCCGGAUGCAUUUGUGACACGUGUGAAGGCUACAGCGCAGAGAACUGAAGAAGAGGACUAUCCUGAUGGGAGUGAGACAGGGUACUCUGAAUCUCUUUCUAAUGCAGUUGAUAGUGCUGCCUCACCACCUACCACUUCAAGUAGCACUCCAUAUGCUGCAGCAAGGCAACCUGCCCCUGCAGCACCUGCACCUGCACCUGCUCCUGUUCCAGAUUUGCUAGGUGAUUUGAUGGGGCUUGAUAAUGCUAUUGUGCCUACUGACGAGCCUGCCCCUCCUUCUGGCCCUCCUUUGCCUGUGCUAGUACCAGCCUCAACUGGUCAAGGUCUACAAAUCAGUGCACAGCUAACACGACGAGAUGGUCAAAUCUUUUAUAGUUUAUUGUUUGAGAACAACUCACAGAUGAUCCUUGAUGGUUUCAUGAUUCAGUUCAACAAGAACGCUUUUGGUCUUGCAGCCGCUGGACCCCUCCAGGUUCCACAGUUGCAACCCGGGACAUCAGCAAGGACUCUUCUGCCUAUGGUUUUGUUCCAGAAUAUGGCUCUUGGUCCUCCAAACCCACUUUUGCAGGUUGCUGUGAAAAAUAAUCAACAACCAGUGUGGUACUUCAACGAUAAAAUUUCAUUGCUAGUGUUGUUCACGGAGGAUGGGAGAAUGGAGCGUGCACACUUUCUAGAGACAUGGAAGGCGCUUCCUGAUUCAAAUGAGGUUUCAAAGGACCUUCUGGGUGUUGUGCUGAACAGUGUGGAGGCAACCCUAGACCGACUGGCUGCAUCAAACAUGUUUUUUAUUGCGAAACGUAAACAUGCAAACCAGGAGGUGUUGUACCUAUCAGCGAAGAUCCCCCGAGAUGUUCCUUUCUUGAUUGAACUCACUGCAGCUAUCGGAAACCCAGGUGUCAAGUGUGCAAUUAAGACCCCUAGCCCUGACCUGGCUCCUCUUUUCUUCGAAGCCAUGGAGGCCCUCCUUAAAGGUUGAUUCGUUUUCCUCAAGUUUUUUAAUUUUUUUUUUUUUGAGGUCAAUAUUGUUUGUAAAAAUUUUUGUUGGCUACUGAGGUUUUGGUUGAGAUCCCCUCCUCCUGUGCCAUCUUCUUUUUGAGUUCAUUGAUUUUAAGUAGUUGAAACUAAUGUUUUCUGUUGUAAGAGCUGUCUAGUUUGGUAUAUGCUUGAUCUCAUGUAAUGCUUAAAAUUUUAUCCCUAGAAAUCCAUUUCUAUACUUAAAUUUA